AUGACAGGGAAAGACCUCAUAGAGACGACCGACAUCAUUGUGUGCGGCUGCGGGCCAACUGGCGCUAUGCUGUCAGUCCUCUUAAGCCAGUACUCGAUAUCCCAUGUUAUUCUCGAAAAAGACAACGAGGUGAAUGCAGACCCACGCGGUAUUGCACUCGACGAGGACGGUAUCCGCUACCUCCAGGCUUGUGGGAUAUACGACAAGAUAUUCACAGAAAUUGGCCAGUGCAUGGGCAACUUCAAAUUUAUCGGCAAGGAGCAUCAUGACCUCAACAGGAAGCCAUUUAUGAUGAUGGAUUACAGCACGACCGAGGGCGGUACUGGCCAUCCGGGCUUCAUGUGCCACAAACAGCCAUGCGUUGAGAAGCACCUGAGGUCACAAAUAACAGCGCUCGGUGUAGCUGAAAUGCAUCUGGGAGCAAAAGUCACAUCCAUCUGGGAGGACGAAGAUUGGGUAUAUGCACGCUACACCAAUACAUCCAAUCAAGGAGGCACCGUUCGUGGCAAAUUUCUCAUCGGUGCGGAUGGCAAGACGGGCUUCACGCGCAAACAGUAUUUGGAGCCUCAAGGCAUCACGCUGGAUCAGGCCAUGAGAAUGCCCUACGAAGAAACAUGGGUUGCCCUCAAUUGGAAGAUCUCUCUUCCCACGCCUAAGACACAUCCCGAUUUCCCCCUUUGGGAGAAGGGGUAUACGCCCCAGCAAGUCUACGAUGAGUUUUUUCCCACUGACUUCCGAUUCAUGUGUAACCAUGUACGGCCUGCCGUUUGUGGCCGCUUCGGACUCGAUAGUGACAGACUUUGGCGUUUCGAGUUUGUAGUUCGGCCAGGCGAGGACCCUGGGGACAUGGCGAAGCCGAACCAGAUUGCAAAGGUCGUUCACCCCUACAUAACUCACCCCGGUAGUCGUUACGGGCUCAACACAAAACAAAUCAUAUACCCGCUGGAUUGCGUGGAGGUACUUCGCUGUCGACCAUUCAAGUUCUCGGCAAGAAGCUGCAACAAAUGGUCGCUUGGCCGAGUGGUGCUCUGCGGAGACGCUGCUCAUGUUUUCCCUCCCUUUGGUGGCCAAGGAAUCGCGUCGGCAUUUCGGGACGCCAUCUCGCUGGUGUGGCGUCUGCGCAUAGCAACCAAUGUCUCUUCUAGAAGUGGGGAGAUGCUGGAUUACCGGACGCUACUCAAAGGCUGGUAUGUAGAGCGAAAACAACAACUUGACAAGUCGCUCCGAUCCACGGUUGAGAAUGGAAAUUAUGUCACGGAGUCUAGCAAUAUCAAAAUCUUCCUACGCGACUGGUAUCUCUGGCUUAUCCAGCUCGUUCCGAGCUGGAAACACUGGUUACAGCUGGGAAAUCGCAGGGAUGGGAUGGUCAGGUAUCAGUGGCAGGAAGGAAUGGGAAUGGCCUUUUUGCCUAGACUCGGUGGCGGCGGGAACUUUCCCCAAGUCUAUGCUGUUUCCGUUGCUAAUACGCCGCGAAGAGAAAAGGUCCUCUUCACUGACGACAUCAUCUUCAGUCCUCAAAAGCAGGGACUCUUUCAAGUGGUUGUGAUACUACAGCCCCACGGGAAUGUCGACGGCGUUGAGGCGGCCCUACGCGGCCUCCAAGGUAUAUCCAACGGCGCUAUAAGGGAUGGUGAGGCCACAGUAUUCAUUAACACUACUAAAGCUGCCCCUUGUGACUUAAAGGGUCGGCACGUGUACCGGCUCGCCACCGCUGCGGAGUUUGCUGAUGACCCAGUCCUAAGCGCAGGAAGACCCGAGCCUAAGGGUUAUGAUCCGCAUCGCAUGUCCAAGGAAGUAGGGAACAAAACUUUUGUGAUACUGAGACCUGAUCGGUUUGUUUUCGCGGCUUGCGAUACGAGGUCUGACCUGGUCUACGCUGCUGAGACGCUUCGUAGGCUAGUUGCGACUGGGACACUGUAG